AUGCAUGCCAGCAAUAACGCCAGUUUUCUUAAACGCGAUAGACGCGUGGUUGUACAAUCUCCGCCACCUUGCCAUGCAGCUAUCUCGACCGACGUCCGGUACUCCCCUGCCGUGAGGCACCAGAGGAACCGACCCGCCCACCCUGACGCCCGGCAGUUGGACCAGGCGCAGCGCAGCUUCGAGGGCGCCCUCAAGCUGCUCAUGCGAUGGUAUCACGCGUCCAUGGAGGACGUCCAAAGGGCCGUGUCUCGGCUAGACCUGACGGCCCUGCAGCCUGUGAACAAGUGGAGGAGCCUGUGCCAGAAGCUGUACCCGGAUAACUGUCAGCGUGGACGGUACCGGUCUCUGGACGGCUCGUGCAAUAACCUGGCCCAGCCCGCUUGGGGAAAGGCCCUCACCUGCCACUCGCGCAUGGGAGGUCCCAUCUACGACGACGGUGUCUCCGCACCGCGAACCCGUGGAAAGUCUGGCAACAAGCUCCCCAACUCCCGGCUAGUGUCUAUCGCCAUGAGGACUUCGCCUCCCGACCCUUCGUACAAGAGGUACGCAUCGCACCUGUUCAUGGCCUACGGACAGAUUGUUGACCACGACAUGUCCCUCAGCCCCGAUUCCCGAGGAGCCAACGGCACCCUGCUCCAGUGUUGCGGGGACAAGGCGUCCCCGGCCUGCUUCCCCAUCAAGCUGUCCCCCGACGAUCCGUUCUUCGUGCCCUUGGGCAUCCGCUGCCUCAACGUGGUGCGAUCUUCGUCGUGCACCGACUGCUCCGGCUUCCACGAGAGGCGACUGGUGAACCAGCAGAGUGCCUUCCUGGACGCCUCGAUCGUCUACGGGACGUCGGAAGAGGUCCUGAGGACGCUUCGGGACCCUUCGAAUCCCGAGCUCAUGCUCAUGCCAAAGGGCAUCCUGCCGCCGAGUCUGAACCCGGACGCCGACGGCUGCAGCGACCCGAGGUCGAAUCAGUUCUGCUUCCGGGCAGGCGACGGCCGGGUGAACCAGCAGCCGGGCAUCGCGUCGCUGCAAAUCCUCUACGCAAGACAGCACAACAGGCUGGCCAAGGAACUCCGGAGGUUGCACCCGCACUGGGAGCCCGAGAUUGUUUUCCAGGAGGCCAGGCGCAUCCUAAUCGCCCAGCACCAGCACAUGAUCUACUCGGAGUUCAUCCCCAUGAUGCUGGGACCCCUGCACAGCGCAGCCCUGGGUCUGAGCUCCGGCAUGGAGCUGCACCCGACCGGCGUGUGGCGCAGCAAGUACGAACCCAAGCGUGACCCCCGCAUCAUGGUGGAGUUCACGACGGCCGCGUACCGCUUCGGACACGGCCUCAUCGACGACUUCAGCCUCGUGGACCAUCACGGAGGCGUGGCCCCGUAUUCUCUCUCCGACCGCUUCUUCAACGUGCAGGAAUUCUACAACAAGGGCACCGUGGAGCAGUUCCAUCGAGGACUGUGCCUGCAGCCGGGCCGCGGCCUGGGUCCCGCCCUGGACGACUCCGUGCGGCAACACCUGUACCGGAACUCGACCAGCCAGGCCGGCCUGGAUCUUGCAUCGGUGAACGUGCAGCGGGGUCGAGACCACGGCAUUCCCGGAUACGGCUUCUGGCUCCGGCGAUGCCUCGGCCGAGAGGUGCACUCUUUCGAACAACUCAAGGGACUCGUGCCGCCAGAAAGGAUCCAGCUUCUGCAAAGCAUCUACGAGCAUCCCGACGACGUGGACCUGUGGACGGCGGGACUGAUGGAGUAUCCUGCUGAGUCGAGAGCCCUGGUCGGGCCGACAUUCGCGUGCAUCAUCGGUCGACAGUUCCGCAGCCUCAAGUAUGGUGACCGGUACUUCUACACGCACGACAAGGGACCAAACGUCAACCCACUGAGCGAUGCCCAAAUCUCGGAAAUAGCCAAGUUCAGCAUUGCCAAGCUGUUCUGUGCCAACGCUGACGACCCGGACCGAUUCUUCGUGCAGCCCCUGGCGCUCAUCCAACCGGAUCCACGAUCGAAUCCACUGCUCAACUGCAAGGACCUGCCGGACACCGACCUGUCCAACUGGGCUCCCGCUGACCUUCCGGAAGAGUUCGUUCAGCUCCCGCACGACGACUUCUUCAAGCAGACCCUCAAAUAA